AGGGAGUGAGAUAGUGACCAGUCCUUACAAACACACCAUUUUCUUCUCUCUCUCUCUCUGGUUUUGAGUCAUAGGGUUUCUGAGAGUUCUUCUGCAACUUUUUUCUGGAUAAUGGAUCCGUUUGGUGCAAAUGGAAACGGGAAUGAGGAUGCUUUGCCACCACCACCUCCCGUUGUGCCAUCAGAUAUUGUUCCAAUCACAGCAGCUCAGGAGCUCCCUCCUGAACCAGUUAAGAAAAAGGUUUCCCGAGUUCCAAUAGCCAGGCGCGGUCUGGCCACAAAGGGAACGAAGCUGUCUCUUCUUACUAAUCACUUCAAAGUUAACGUUGCUAACAAUGAUGGACAUUUCUUCCAGUAUAGUGUCUCUUUUUCUUAUGAAGAUGGACGCCCUGUAGAAGGCAAGGGUGUAGGGAGGAAAGUAAUAGACAGGGUGCAGGAAACUUAUGGUUCUGAGUUGAAUGGAAAGGACUUCGCUUAUGAUGGUGAAAAGACUCUGUUUACUAUUGGCUCUCUUGCUCGAAACAAGCUUGAGUUUACUGUUGUUCUGGAGGAUGUCAUAUCUAACAGAAAUAAUGGAAACUGCAGCCCUGAUGGUCAUGGAAGUCCAAAUGAGAGUGACAAGAAAAGGAUGAGACGGCCCUAUCGUGCCAAGACAUUUAAAGUUGAGAUUAGCUUUGCUUCGAAAAUUCCAUUGCAGGCCAUUUCCAAUGCCUUACGUGGGCAGGAAUCAGAGAAUUUCCAAGAAGCCAUUAGAGUGCUUGACAUCAUACUGAGGCAACAUGCUGCUAAGCAAGGCUGCCUGCUUGUGCGGCAAUCUUUCUUCCACAAUGAUCCAAAGAAUUUUGCAGAUGUAGGAGGUGGUGUUCUAGGCUGCAGAGGAUUCCAUUCGAGUUUUAGAACAACACAAAGUGGCCUGUCUCUUAACAUAGAUGUCUCAACUACCAUGAUAAUUCAACCUGGGCCUGUGGUGGACUUCUUAAUUGCUAAUCAAAAUGUGAGAGAUCCAUUUUCACUUGACUGGGCAAAGGCCAAGAGGACACUAAAAAAUCUGAGGAUUAAAGUCAGCCCAUCCAAUCAGGAGUACAAAAUUACUGGGCUCAGCGAACUCCCAUGCAAAGAGCAGAUGUUUACACUGAAGAAAAGGGAUGGUGAUGAUGUUACCGAGGAGGAAGUAACUGUUUACGAUUAUUUUGUUAAUAAUCGAAAGAUGGAACUCCGCUACUCUGCUGAUCUUCCUUGUAUCAAUGUUGGGAAGCCAAAACGUCCUACAUAUAUACCCGUUGAGCUUUGUUCUUUGCUAUCGUUGCAACGAUACACAAAAGCACUUUCCACCCUUCAGAGGUCUUCAUUAGUGGAGAAGUCCAGGCAGAAGCCACAAGAGAGGAUGAGGGUUUUAUCUGAUGUUCUGAAAAUCAGCAAUUAUGGUGCUGAACCCAUGCUUCACAAAUGUGGAAUCACAAUAAAACCUGGCUUUGCUCAAGUCGAGGGUCGUGUUUUGCAAGCCCCAAGGUUGAAGUUUGGCAAUGGGGAGGAUUUCAAUCCAAGGAAUGGGAGAUGGAAUUUUAAUAAUAAGAAAAUAGCGCAGCCAACUAAGAUAGAAAGAUGGGCUGUGGCUAAUUUUUCUGCACGAUGUGAUGUGCGAGGGCUUGUGAGGGAUCUGAUUAAAUGUGCAGGAAUGAAAGGAAUUCCGAUAGAAGAUCCUUUUGAUGUAUUUGAAGAAAAUGGUCAGUUUAGGCGGGCCCCACCAAUGGUUAGAGUGGAGAAGAUGUUUGAGAACAUUCAGUCUAAACUUCCUGGGGCUCCUCUGUUUCUUCUCUGUCUGCUUCCUGAGCGGAAAAAUUCUGAUCUUUAUGGUCCAUGGAAGAAGAAGAAUCUUUCUGAUUUUGGAAUCGUUACCCAGUGCAUAGCUCCUACAAGGGUCAAUGAUCAAUACCUGACAAAUGUUUUGUUGAAAAUCAAUGCCAAGCUUGGUGGGUUGAAUUCUUUGUUAGGCGUUGAAUUUUCUCCUUCCAUUCCUAUUGUUUCCAAACGUCCCACCAUCAUUCUAGGCAUGGAUGUGUCCCAUGGCUCGCCAGGGCAAUCUGAUAUUCCAUCAAUUGCAGCGGUGGUCAGCUCUAGACAGUGGCCUCUAAUAUCAAAAUAUCGGGCAUGUGUCCGCACCCAGUCUCCCAAGGUUGAAAUGAUUGAUAAUUUGUUCAAGAAAGUGUCUGAAAAUGAGGAUGAAGGAAUAAUAAGGGAACUUAUGCUUGAUUUCUAUUCAAGUUCUGGGAAGCAAAAACCUGAUAAUAUAAUCAUAUUCAGGGAUGGUGUUAGCGAGUCCCAAUUCAAUCAAGUUUUGAACAUUGAACUUGAUCAAAUCAUUGAGGCUUGUAAAUUUCUUGAUGAAAAGUGGGAUCCAAAAUUUUUGGUGAUUGUUGCUCAAAAGAAUCAUCAUACAAAAUUCUUCCAGCCUGGAGCUCCUGACAAUGUUCCUCCUGGAACUGUUAUUGAUAAUAAUGUUUGUCAUCCUCGAAAUUAUGAUUUCUACUUAUGUGCGCAUGCCGGAAUGAUUGGUACUAGCAGGCCUACACAUUAUCAUGUUUUGUUAGAUGAAAUCGGUUUUUCUCCUGACGAUCUACAGGAGCUUGUUCAUUCUUUAUCAUAUGUGUAUCAGAGGAGUACCACUGCCAUCUCUGUUGUUGCUCCAAUAUGCUAUGCUCACUUGGCCGCAUCUCAGAUGGGACAGUUUAUGAAAUUUGAGGACAAAUCUGAGACUUCUUCAAGUCAUGGUGGACUUUCUGCUGCUGGUGCUGUUCCCGUCCCCCAAUUGCCCAAAUUGGAGGCGAAAGUAUGCAACUCAAUGUUCUUUUGUUGAGGCCUAUGAGUUGCCCUUUUAGAGAGCACUAGUAACAAACAAUGCUGUUUAUAGAACUUUUCCAAACUAGCUUUUGUUAUACCGUUUAACUAUAUAUGUAGUUGACUUAAGACUUAAACUUCAGCCAUAGGUUGUGGAAAGGACUAUUACACAUGUGGAAGCAUUUUGCAAAUGCCUUUACAUGUGUUCAGUCUUUGUUUUGAUGUUUUUCCUUCGGCUUUCUGUGUUCUUGUUUGAUGCUUUAGCCACAGAAAGCAUUUUGGAGUUGUCAAUCUCAUUAGUUUGGUUUAUGUUCGGUUAUUAUAUUUCAAAUCAGUUAUGUUAUCUUAGCCAACCCAGAAAGCCUUUUGGAGAUGUCAAUCUCUUU